CCCCGGAAGACAAUGAAGGGGAGAACAUACUCCUGUGCGGAUGUUGGAGCAACCGAGAAAGAGUUGGUUCGGUGUUGGAUUUUUAUUUUUUAAUGGAUUGUUUUAGCCAUUCUUUUCUGCUUUUGGAUUCAAGUCAAAAGAGUCAGUCAAGCAAAUCCCUCUCUUCCUACCCCACAAGAAAGUGAAAUUAGACGCUAAUUGUCUCCUUUGAUUCCUUUCUUUUCUGUUCAAAUCUCUCUAUCUCAUAUUCCUAAAUCAGUUUGGUGGGGCGCCCUAUGUUUCUUUUGUCAGGAUUCUCUUGCUGCACAACAAGGGCUAGGAACAAAGAAAUGCAUGGAAGCCCCGCAUAUCAAUAAAAGAUAAAAAAGAAAUCAAAACUCCGAAUCUGCCUUACUCACCCCCCACACCAUCUAUAAGGAGAACCGUUCUCCCUAUUUUGCUUUCUCAAAACCAUCAGUCAUGGCUAGAGCAUCUCAAGAGUCCUCCUCCUCCAAGAGGCACUUCCACUGGACUAAAAAGAUUGGAACUGAAAAUGAUGAAGUUCCAACCUUUAAGUCUUCCUCAAACUCCAUCGAGGAAGACAAGAAAGAAAAUGCUAGGAGCCAUGCUGCUUUGCUAACUCCAAAGAAGAAGCUGCCAGCAGUAGCAGUUGCUAGGCUUCGUUCUGUUCUUUCAGCCUUUGGUAAGAAUCGGUCUAAUCUACCAAUGGGACUUGGACCCCGAGUGGUUGGCACCCUUUUUGGCUACCGCCGUGGGCAUGUUCAUUUUGCAUUUCAAAGGGAUCCCAAUUCGCCUCCAGCUUUUCUUAUAGAACUUGCUACACCAAUUAGUGGAUUGGUUCGAGAAAUGGCAUCUGGGUUGGUGAGAAUUGCAUUGGAGUGUGACAAGGAGAAAGAAGAGGAAAAAAACAGAGCAGUGAGAUUGCUGGAAGAGCCUAUGUGGAGGACUUACUGUAAUGGGAAGAAGUGUGGUUUUGCAACAAGGAGAGAAUGUGGGCCUAAAGAGUGGAGAGUAUUGAAAGCUGUGGAACCAAUUUCAAUGGGUGCUGGUGUGUUGCCAGGGUCUGCAGGUGAGCCUGGAGCUGAUGGUGAACUUAUGUUCAUGAGAGCCAAGUUUGAGAGAAUUGUUGGGUCUAGAGAUUCUGAGGCUUUCUACAUGAUGAAUCCUGACAGCAAUGGAGCUCCUGAGCUCAGUAUCUAUUUACUAAGAGUCUAAAGUUAUUUGCAUAUUCCUUCUGUUUCCUAAUUUUUUAUAGCAAUUUUGGAACUGUAAGCUAGUCAUACUUGUUUAGCUCUUGAAGAACCAUGAAAAUGGAGGAUCUAGCACUGUCCAAGUUUUCUGUUAUGUUGCUUUUUUUUUUUCUUUGAGAAAAUGGGGGGGUAAGUGGGGCUUUACUCGUAUUUGUUAGUUGUAAAUGGAGGGGCAAAUACAUUAGAACAUGAUGAUAUUGAUAGGUGGGGUCAUGAAAGUGUAUAUGUAUAGGGUGU